AUGACCAAGGCCUUGCUAGAUGCGGGCGCAAAUAUUCUCGCUAGGUGUUUCAAUGGCGACACUGCAAUGGUGCUUUGCGCUGCUUCUCUCCUCCCCGAUUUGCAAGUCCCCAGGCUACUUUUAUCGCGGCAGCCACAGCUUGCUUCUUUACAGACGCAGGGGGACACGCCUUUCUCUGCAGCCGUGCGGAACCAUGAUUUCGACUGCGCUAGGCUUUUACUCGAACACGGGGCCGACCCAAACCAACUGAUAGGCCCAGGCGGUAUUAGCACAGCUCUCUUCCAGGUUCUGGCAGUAGAAUAUGACACCACGGCUGUUCAAUUCCUCCUGGAGCUUCCCGACAUCUCAUUCAAUGUAUCACCACAGAAGCGCUUCACCGCUCUUCACGCACCAGUACUCGGAACUCUCAUGUAUAACUACUACGAUGAGUUCAUUCUUGAUGGUCCAGGGGCAGUAUAUGACAUUCUACUAAACAAGUGGAAUAAGAAAGAACAUCUUGAAGCCUGCGAAAUACGAGGCUAUACUGCCCUUCACUGGGUCUGUCUAGCACGUGAUUCAACGUCGAUUAAAAAGUUGAUACCGGCCAUGACCAAGGCAGGCGCAGAUGUGAAUAUGAUGACUGGUUUCCUCGGAAGCCCUGUGUGGAAAACUGCCUUGGACCUCAUCGAUGACCGAAGCUCUGUGCCCAGCGCUGUUUCAAGGAAAGGCCCCACAGCCGUCCAACGUUACAAGGAAAAUACAGAAAAGAUGCGAGAGACGCUAAUUGCCAAGGGUGCGAAGUCUCGUAGUGAAAUAUUGAGGGAGAGAUGGGGUGAUUUAUCAUUAUUGGAAAGGAUCAAAGCCAUGUCACUAAGUUAUAGGCUGACAAAACCGUUUGCAAUACUGGUUGGAUUUCUGCACCAGGUAGUGAUAUCAGGAACUAAUGUUUACGCUAUGUGGUACAGGGCAUGGAUGCAGAGUAAUCCAGAGGAGGUUUUUUUCAAGAGGUGA